CCUAUCAGUGUCAGUGCUUUGUUAAUGUUGUGUAGUGACAUCUGGUGGUAUUUGGAGUCAUUGCGCUUGUAAUGAGUUCAUCAACAGGUGUACAUGCAGACUGAAUGCUCCUCCACUAAUGUUAUUUGUCUAUCCUUGGAAUAGAUCCAUCAUUUUACAAAAAAGAAAACAACCAAGAUUUCAGUAAAGAAAACACUCAACCUGGAGUCAAGCCUACUGAGUCUUAUUGUUGAUGUUCACUAUCUGUCUAACAAUACAGAGACGUAUCUGCCAGGACAGAAUAGUAAAAUGAUGUAAACACAGCGGGAAUAGACAACAACUAACUUAGUGAACAGCACUCAGAAGCAUAAACCUACAGAUUUAAUCAAGAUAUUAUAAAGAUGAGUGACAACGGUAAUGGAACACGUCAGUCUCAGCUACAUACAAGGUCUAGAGCCUCCGGUUCUCUCAAGUCCUCCAGAGCCUCAACUCGGACAUCUAUCAGCGCCGCUGCAACGAGGGCAAGGGCCAAGGCAGAGGCAGCAAAAAUAAAGGUGUCUUACGCAGAGAAGGAGGCAGCUAUCAUGAAAGAAAAGGUAAACAUAGAGGCCAAUCUUCAUGUGUUGCGGCAAGAGAAGGAAGCUGAAGCAGCAUCAAAAGAAGCAGCAAUAUAUGAAGAGGCGGCUGCAGCUGAAUACAUGGAAGGAGACCCGCUUGGUGAGUUUCAGGAUUUGACUUUCGAAGAUCCAACAAAACGCACCAAAGAUUAUAUAGAAACUCAACAAUUUGAACAACAUGCUAACCAGGAGCUCUAUCAUGGUACACCACAGCAGCCAAUCCAACAGGGCAAAACCCCAAGUCUCCCAAGCAAUAUCAACGGGACACAAAAUUCAGUGUACAGACCACUUAAAGAGGAAGAAAAUUACAAACCCAUUGCAGAGGAGCGCUAUGCACCUCCACAUACCUAUAAGGCUCCCUAUAUCCCAAACAAAUACCCAGCCGCUACCUUUCCCACACCUAAUCGUGCCCAGUACAAGAGAUACUCAACCCCUCAGACUGCUGACCUAGCCCAGUAUCUGGUGAGAAAGGAAAUGGUUACCUCUGGGCUCCUUGCCUUUGAUGACCGUCCAGAAAACUAUUGGGCGUGGAAAUCGUCUUUCCUUGCAGCCAUAAAGGAGCUAAAUCUAUCUGACCAGGAAGAGCUUUACCUCCUCGACAAAGCCGGCAACACCACAUAUAGGGACAGUUUCACAGACAGGGAUUAG